AACCUGUUGCACCUGUUCCGCGAACCGCACCGUGUACACGAACUCUCGCUUCUAGGAGAAAGUAUAACUACGCGUGCGCACUGUAGAAUGAGGAAGGUGAAAACUGCUUAUAUAUCUGUGUCGUUGACAUCGACAAUAUAACACGUGACUGCAUAAACGACUAGCCAGGACCGACAGCGUCUAUUGUGUUGCCCGCUCUAACGCUCAUACGCCUCAAUGUAACGCUGGUUGUUAGAAUGUUUCUAAUGCGCAGGAGAGUUAUAUUCUGAGAGUUAGUCUUUAUUCGCCAUAAAACGACUCGCAGAAAAUAUCAAACGCACUAUUUGUGUACCGGAGAGACAUCAAACAGAAUGCAGUCACUUCUGCCGGCGCCCUUUAUUAGCUGUGCGGUGAUUUCACUCGUGUGCGUCACGUUGACAUGGACGCCAGCAAACAGCGAAUCGCAGUCUCUACCGGCCAGACUCACGGGCUCCGUCAAAGAGGAGGAUGAGAACAACCUAGAUCAGUUGGCUUUCGGCUUCGACAACUUCAACUUCCUCGAUGUGGAGAAUGAAGACUACUACGACGACACCGACUACCCUCUGGACGCCAUAGUGGAGGCGUUUGACUUCGCUCAGUUUCCUAUAUUGACUUGCGAUAGCUCUGUUCCCACGGGUGACGUGUUCGACCCGAGGCAGCAAGGAGUGGGUCAAGCCGAAUUUAGAGAAAAACGACAGGCCAAUAAGCCCGCUUGUAACAGAUGUCUUAAUGACGACAUUCCAACUUGUAAUGUCACCCGACGCAUGUCGAAACCUCUGUUUGGUUUCAACCCAGACGGGUUACGACGGGUGAUCAUGCAAAGACCAGGCCAGCUCGAUCAGUGCGUAGAGAUCAUCCAAUGCACGUCCCCUACAUGUACUGUUGUGAAAGGCGCUUGUAAAGAGGAGUACAGGCUAACGCAAUUCAUUGUGUUCGACCAAGUGAACAACAACAUUACUGCAGAUUACAUUCUCGUGCCCAGUGGUUGUAACUGCUACGCCGACGUACGUACUAAUCUGAGUCCGUAGGUGCAGUAAUCUGCAGGCGAUGUAGCCGGUGAGCCACUGUAGAUGCUCGUCGCAAUUCUUGCUGAUGAUGGUUCAAGUACUCUUUGCAAGUAAUGCAAGUAAUCUUUGCCGUCGUCAUCUUGCGGUAUAGCUCGACUCGCGUGCGAUAUGUGUGACUGGGGUCAUUUUGGGCGCACAACGUGAUUUAGCAGGGCUAGCUGUGUCAUUGCACUAUCACCAUGAGCUAGCAACGUUCUCUUUUCACUCUACUUGUCCGGUCACGGAGAUGCUGGUAACUUCGCGACUACACGUUCGGCGAUUCGCCAAGGUCGUUGGUGGGUAAAAGGCGAUGGAACGAGCUCAGACGCUGCAGUGUUAAACGAGAAGGUUACGUUAUUUAAUCAAUUAUAGGUUUUUUAUGCAGAUGAAAUAGAACAUUGAUCAUGCGGGAAUCAAAGACACCGCGAGCUAAUCUACUAUUUACGUAAUUCUCUUGUCGAUUAAUAUGUGGUACCUUAUUGAUACAUAUUGCAUUACUGCCUAUGUUUAUUCGAUAAUUAGGUCUGUUACUCUAUAUAUGCAUCAUAAUGCAUGUUUAUAUAAUAUACAUAUGUGCGUCAUGUGUGUUCAUGCGUGCAUUUAUAUAUGGACACGCACGCACACGCGCGCUUACAUAGAUGUAAGUUUUGCCAUGUAUCACACGAAGAUACAGUACGAUGAACUGUCCUCAACUUCACUCCCAUUACUAUACCGUAUAGAUAUGCCACAAUGAUUGCUCUUUAAAACUAUCCCAUUCCUUCACUUCCAUCGCGUGCAGUGAGUUAGUAUAUGGCGCUGGUCGUUUAUACUUAUUGCCCAGAUUCAGCAAACAUUCUUUGUGUUUCGCGAGUUGUACCAUUACUUUUACGCUGUGAGUGACAAGCCAACCGCCCUGCUAUAAGUUUGUGCAAUCAGGAAUCACAGAGUACUCGAUGCAAAUUGUAUCGUCUUGACUCAUACAUAGCGCAUUUUAUCUUCAUCGCCAAGUACCGAAUUCUUUAUGAGAAAAUUGGCAAUAGUUACUAAAUCACAGAGCAUAUCUUACUGCUCGUAUGAUGUCUGCAGUAAUUUCAUUUUUUCUCGACUAGCUUGAAGUACGUGGUACACUGUUUCAUGUGAACUAGUCAUGGUGUACGUAGUCAAACUUUUUCUCGUGUUGGAGUAUACUACGUUUUAAUGCGCUUACACAAAACGAGAAGCAGCGAAAACCGUAUAAAUUCGUCAUAAGCGAAGUUACAGAUCAGUUAAGAAGCUCGUUGACUCUUUUAUGCGUAAUUCGCUGUUUGCCAUUUAGUUUAAUACGCGCUAAAUUGUUUCCCAAUCCCGAGAAUACACAUUAAUAUUACACACUUUAGCUGCAGUGUUACAAGCAUGCGCGUUACCACAAUCAAGAUAAUAAAACAAGUGAUUAUAUAUUCCA